UGCCUGUCCCCCUCCCGAGCCUUGGGCGCUUCCCAGGCCACUUUUCGGACUGAGAGGGGUACUGGAAGGCCCGGACCCUCCUCCGCGCCUUCCAACGAGCCGAGAUCUCCGCCGCGACUGGACGUCCUCCAAGGUUCGGACCGGCCAUAAGCUCUCCGAGGCCCUAGAGGGGGCGUUCCGGCCCCGGCAGCCUUAUACACCCGGGAGACUGAGGCUAGGAGCGCGACCCGCAGCCCAGGUUACACCUCGCCCAAGGCAAGGCAAGGUGUGCGCUAGGCUGAGCCCGUGACACCCGCCUCAGUCACCCGCCUUUAUGGCGGCGGUGGCAGGGCUGAGCGACACGGCGCAGGACUCUGUGACCUUUGAGGAUGUGAGCAUCUACUUUUCCCAGGAGGAGUGGGGACUUCUUGAUGAGGCUCAGAGGCUCCUGUACUGUGACGUGAUGCUGGAGAACUUUGCACUUACAGCCUCUCUGGGACUUACAUCUUUCAGGUCCCACAUAGUUGCCCAGCUGGAGAUGGGGGCAGAGCCCUGGGUGCCUGACAGAGUGGACAUGUCCUCAGCCAUGGCAAGAGGGGCAUAUAAUGGGCCUGGCUCUGAUGUUCACCAUGGAACACAGGGUGAGGAGUCACCUUGUAAGCAUAGCGUUUCUGUAGGAGUGUCACAGGACAGGAAUCCCAAGGCAGCUCUAUCCAUCCAGAAGGACUACCUCUCUGACAUGUGUGGCUUACACUUGAAAGACAUUUUGCACCUGGCUGAACACCAGGCAACACAUCCCAGGCAGAAACCAUAUGUGUGUGAGGCAAAUGGGAGAAAGUUAGAGUUCAUUGGAAACCUUCACCAGCAAAAGAUUCAGCGGGACAUAGACAAGUCUAUCAGAAGGCAGGAGGGUAGGGCCUUGCUUGUGAAGAGCUGCAGAGAUGACACAUCUGAGGAACCUUUCAUAUUCAGGGAGGGUAGGAAGGACUUUGUAACCACAUCUGGCUUUCUCCAACAUCAGGUCACUCACAGUGUGGAGGAGCCACACCAGGGCACCAAAUGUGUGGAGGAUUUUCACACUGUCCAAAGCCAUAACAGGUGCAGUGAAUUUGGGAAUGCUUUCAGUGACAAACCCACACUUGCUCAGCACCAGAGAACCCAUACUGCAGAAAGACCUUAUGAGUGCAGCAAAUGUGGGAUAUUCUUUAGUCACACCACUGGCCUCUUUCAGCACCAGAGAGAUCACAACAGAGGAAAGCCUUAUGAGUGCUGUGAAUGUGGGAAAUUCUUUAGCCAACACUCCAGUCUCAUUAAACAUCAGAGAGUUCACACUGGUGAAAGCCCUCAUGUAUGCAGUGAAUGUGGGAAAUUCUUUAGCAGAAGCUCCAAUCUCAUUCAACACAAGAGGGUUCACACUGGAGAAAAGCCUUAUGAGUGCAAUGAAUGUGGGAAAUUCUUUAGCCAACGCUCCAACCUAAUUCAUCAUAAGAGGGUUCAUACUGGUAAAAGUGCUCAUGAAUGUAGGGAAUGUGGGAAAUCUUUCAACUGCAACUCCAGCCUAAUUAAACAUUGGAGGGUUCACACUGGAGAAAGACCAUAUAAAUGCAAUGAAUGUGGGAAAUUCUUUAGCCACAUUGCCAAUCUCAUUCAACAUCAAAUAGUUCACACUGGUGAACGGCCUUAUGGGUGCAGUGAGUGUGGGAAAGCCUUCAGUCGAAGCUCUGACCUCAUGAAACAUCAGAGGGUCCACACUGGUGAGCGGCCUUACCAGUGCCCUGAAUGUGGGAAAUCAUUUAGCCAAAGCUCCAGCCUUAAUAGCCAUCGGAGACUUCAUACUGGUGAACGGCCUUAUCAGUGCCCAGAAUGUGGGAAAUUCUUUAACCAAAGCUCUAGCCUCGGUAACCAUCGGAGACUUCACACCGGUGAGCGGCCUUAUGAAUGCCUUGAAUGUGGGAAAACCUUCAGACAAAGAUCUAAUCUGAGGCAACACCAGAAAGUUCACAAACCAGAUAGGCCAUAUAAGUGCAGUGAAUGUGAAAAAGCCUUUAGCCAAAGGCGUACCCUCAUUAGGCAUCAGAAAAUUCACACUAGAGAAAGGAGUACAGAGAAGGUGUUUUCUCCUUCAGCACAAUGCACACUAGAGAAAAGCUCAGAUAGUCUCUAUGAGGGAGCUGUCAGUCCAAAGCUGGACCUUGUUCACUCAAAUAUUCACUCUAGGGAGAUUCCCUAUGAAUGCUAGAUAUGUUGGAAGCUUUCUGGAGCCACAUUAUAUGUUCUGACCGUGGACUUUGCCAGUGUUUUUGGCAGAAGCCAUCUGAAUCCUACCCACUGGUAGGUCUUCAGAGUGUGUGACAACUACUCCCUGUGCUCAAGGAAUGCAGGCUUCUCUUUCUAAGAGAAUUGUGAGUAAGCCUAUGGUCAUAAGAGUACCUCAGUCCUUCCCAUUGUGACUUGUGUAGCUGUGCCCCUGACCCAUUUUUGGCCAUGAAGACCUGAGCUGGGUUCUGCUGACAGCUUGCUGAGAAGGUUUAAUUUCUUCAAGGACAUUGUUGAUCUCAUGAUGCUUAUAAUGAGUUUAUCUAGCCUCCACAUUGCCCAUCCCAACAACUACCUACUUUACGUUUCUUUGGUUUCAGUGAUAAUAAGGGUCUUAUUGACAAAGCCACCUUCAGUCUUCUGUGUUCUGAUGUUCUGAUUACUGUGUGGAAUGGGUUGAGAACAGCCCAUGGGUUAAGGUCUACCAAAUUAAUGGGGUCCCCAAAUUUAUUGUCUCAGAUGGAACAGCAGGAUGGCAAGAACAGCCCUCAGUCCAGAUAUGGUAUUUUUAUUGGUAUUCAAGACCUAGGGAAAAUUGUAGGGCUUUGGGGGGGGGUAACGUGAUCUGAAUGACAUGAACUUUUGUGAACCAGAGAUCACCUCAAGGAAGGGGCAUUUGUGACAAACUCCAGUGCACCUGAGAAUAGCAUGAAUUAGGCCCCAUUGUUUCCAGGAGAUGCCUCAUAUUCCCUAACUGUUGAACAGACACUAUUUACUUGGCACCUGCCAAGGAGCCAUAUACCUUGAAGUCUAACAUAUGGUAUUUGAUUAUAAGUCUUUGUAAGACUUACUGGGUCCACUGGGACCACAAUUUGUACAGGAACACUGGAGGUUAUAAUGGAGUAAGUGAGACUGUAGUAAACUAAAAGGAAUGUAUU